UUCAUAAUUUUAGAUGAAAAGUUGCGGUGCGGGUCGCUGCAAAAACUUUAACAAAUAUUACUAAAAAUGCCGGAUAUUAUGUUCAGGUCAACCAAGGGUGCUUCAAAACAAAGGCGUGACCAAAUCAACAAUGAGAUUGCCACUCUCAGAGAUCUUUUGCCGCUACCAGAAUCGUCACGACAAAGAUUGUCACAAUUGCAAGUGAUGUCACUGGCAUGUGUAUUCAUACGAAAGUGCAAUUACAUAACACGAUUGUUUGGCGGUGAUGUUAUCUCUGAUGAGUCCUCAUUUUCGUUUGCUUCGGCCAUGUCCGGGUUCCUAUUGAUUGUAACAAAAGAUGGCAAGAUGCUGUACAUAUCUGAUAAUGUAACCGAAUAUCUUGGACACUCUAUGGUUGAUCUUUUGACGCAAGGAGACUCAUUGUACGAUAUCGUUGACAAGAGAGAUCACUCAGCUGUGCAGGCACAGUUGUUAAACAAUUCCUUUGAGAACAAUGAUGAACGCACAUUCUUCUGCAGAAUGAAUGUUGCCAGAAGCUUCAGAAGGCACUCCACCUUUGGGGACCACAAGGUGAUGCAUGUACGAGGUCACUUCAUUCAACCAACAGUGCGUGACCACUUUGGCAACCAGCCAGUCUUCAUGGCACUGUGUUCACCGCUCAUUACCCCUGAGGUGAAAGAAAGUGUCAUCCAGAACAACACACUCAUCUUCAGAUCUAUCCAUAGCUUAGAUAUGAAAUUCAUAGAAGUUGCGCUAAAUGGGGAGCACCAUCUAGGCUAUACUGAUGAGGAGAUGAAGAAUAAAUCUUGGUAUGAGCUACUUCAUCCUGAAGAUGUUGCUGAUGCAAGAGAAAAGCACAUUCAAUUGAUCAAGUCAUCUCACGAGAUGGGCUGUAUGUUAACAAUCCGUCUACUGAGCAGAGACGGUGGUUUCAUAUGGGCGAAUGUUGUCAUGCACAUUAGACAGUCUUUCAUAUCAGACAAUGGAGAGCCAGCUAUUGUAUGCAUCAACCAAGUGAUCAGUGAUAGCGAGGCUGCUCACUUCAAAUUACAAAGCCAGACUUACUCCUCUCAGAUAACACCUAGCCCAGAGCACCUGCCCCCCCAGAGCAGCCCAGUGCACCCUCAAGUGAACAACCCAGUGGUUUACGACCAGAGCCGUGUCUCACUUCAACUGACCGCCAAACAGGAGUGUCUGUCUGUACCGAUGGUGGACUACAUGCUUCAGGCUCCGCCCCCCUACCAGCAGGUUGCAGGUCCAAACCAUCAAGGUAUUGGUAGCUCUAGCAGUCACGAGUCUUUGUCAGAUUGCAGCACUGGAGGGAGUCCAAUUAGCCCAAAUGUAGAGGCAGCGAAGGAACGAUUGCUAACAUCACUUAAACGUAAAGUUGAUUUCGCUGAUGGUUGCUCUGCAGCCAAGAUUCCACGAUUUUUCAAUGAAAAUAGUACAAAUGAUGGUGGCCAUGGUGGAUCUAUGAAUACAUUCAACUUGCCUGUAACUUUCGAUAUCCUGAAUAAUACAGUUGGCUGUAUGUAUGAUGUGUCUAAUGUAACAGCGCCUUUGUCCCAGGUCCACAGCAAGCAACCCUACCUCAACAAGGCCAUGCUAGUAGAUAUAGAUGACUCUGUAGUACCACAAACCAUGGGAACAGUUCUCCCAAGUCCCAGUGUCUAUAGUCCCAGUGCACACAGUCCUAGAUCCCCUGACCAUGAUUCAAAGACCAGUGUUGACUGCACCUCCCAGGUGAAAGUCCCAUCCUCCAUCCUCACCCCAGAUCCCUCCCCAAACUACAUGAACUCUUCUAAGUUCUUCAACCAGAUUGAUGUGGAAAGUCUGAUGUCACAGAUAAAGAAGGUGAAAACAGAGUCGAGCGUGGAAUGCCUUGUGAAGCCUCCAGUGCAGCCUUCAACAGCUCAGGUGUGCAUGUCCAUGGUGAACAAGGUCAAGAAAGAAUCAAAACCAUUGCCAGUCUUGGACCCUGACAUCAUUGAUACCUAUUUUGAUCUGGUGAUCCCCGAGAUUGAGCCAAAUGUUGAAGUAAAACAAGAGAGCCAGGAGACAACAUCAGAAUCAGCCAAUGAUGUGGUGGAGACAACAGUGCAUAGUCCAGCAUCUAGCUUUGCUGACAGUCUGAUCGAUCUUGCCACCAAGUCUCCACACCCUAUGGACUCUCCCCUCCCUGCAUCACCCAAUAACAGCUUGGAUGUUAGACUGGAAAUGUGGGCUGAAGACUGCUGGAUGGGGCUAGAUGAGACACUUCCAUUGGCUGGUACAAUAGGAAGUGACAGCCAUUUUGAUGCACCAAGCUCCUCUCCAAGUUAUGGUGGGGAAAACCAUAACGUUGUUCAGAGGUUGCCUACUGAUUUAGACUUGUAAGAUUGUCCUUACACUUGAGUAACAGAUCUCGUAUGGCAUAUUGCCAUUAGGCAUGGCUAGCCAAUCACUGGCUGGACUGCGCCAAGAUCGCAUCCACAAGAUGGAGUUGCUGGUUCGACUUCAAUUGACAAACUGCUGCUGGAUGGCAAAAAUCAACUGCUGGACAGUAAAAAUUAACUGCUGGACAGUUAUUCACUGCGGGACAGUUAUCUUCUUAACUGCGGGGCAGUUAUCUUCUUAACUGCGGGACAGUUAUCUUCUUAACUGCUGGACAGUUAUCUUCCUUACUGUGGGACAUUUAUUUUCCUAACUGCGGGACAGUUAUAA